GGAAAAAGUAAUUAGGUAUAUGCACAUAUAUAGUGAAGGAGGAUGGGAGAUACUACACAUUUUUAAUUUUCAGGCUGAAAAUAGAGAAUUAAUAAAUAGGUCACUGUUAAUUCGUAGUAGGUCACAUUUUUGAUUCCGUGACGUGCUUUAAUUAGUUUGAUCGACUUUAUGCACAUUAUUAUACGGAGUGCGUUGUUUGGGCAGGCUUUAUGGUUUUUGUUGGUGUCCUGACAAUUGACAUUUCCAAUCCUGGCAGAGUCGCCCCUUUGGUCAUUUCGUUUCAGAGCAUAUUACUCCUAGUUGCCAGCUAUGUAGUUUGCUAUGGGGGAUGAGAUUCGAGAGUCGCUGCUGAGUUCAGGGAAAGAAGAGGAGGUAGUUGAGUUGAAAGCACGGGUUGUUGAUGAAUCAAAGAAGAUCUGGAAAGUUGCAUUGCCCGGGAUCCUCGCACGUGUUGCUGCAUUCGGGUGCAUAGUUGUCACUCAAUCAUUUGUAGGGCAUAUAAGCGAGUUGGAUCUUGCUGGUUAUGCUCUUGUCCAAACUCUCAUCAUUCGGUUUGUUAAUGGAAUACUGAUAGGAAUGUCAAGUGCAACUGAAACGCUCUGCGGGCAAGCAUUUGGCGCAGGACAACUUCACAUGAUGGGCAUUUACUUGCAGAGGUCCUGGAUUGUUGAUUUUAUAACUCUAACAGUAUUGCUUCCCAUUUUCAUCUUUGCGACAUCCCUCUUUAGACUUCUUGGAGAGAAAGAUAACAUUGCACAAUCUGCUGGAUAUACCUCCUUGUGGUUCAUCCCUUUUGCCUACAAUUUCGUCUUCAGUUUGACAAACCAAAUGUAUCUACAAGCACAGCAAAAGAACAUGGUAGUCGCGUGGCUGGCAAUUUUUCAGUUUGCGAUUCAUAUUCCUUUGUCCUGGCUUUUUGUCAACCAACUGAAUUGGGGAGUUGCUGGUGCAAUGAGUGCCCUUAGCAUAUCAUCAUGGUUUGUAGUGAUUGGAGAAUUUGUUUACAUCUUUGGAGGCUGGUGUCCUCAUUCGUGGAAAGGGUUUACAACUGCAGCAUUCAAAGAUAUAUGGCCUGUUGUGAAACUGUCUGUAUCAUCUGGCGUGAUGGUUUGCUUAGAGUUGUGGUACAAUUCUAUUCUUGUGUUGCUGGCUGGAUACAUGAAAAAUGCCGAGGUUGCAAUUUCAGCUUUCUCGAUCUGUCUUAAUAUCAAUGGAUGGGAAUUCAAUGUAACCCUCGGCUUCCUUGGGGCUGCAUGUGUCCGGGUUGCUAAUGAACUGGGGAGAGGAGAUGCAAAAGCUGUAAAAUUUUCGAUCAAAGUCCUUUUGAGCAUUUCUAUCUCGAUAGGACUGGUGUUUUGGAUUAUUUGCUUAAUCUUUGGGAGUAAAAUAGGAUACUUGUUUUCGGACGAGCAAGAAGUAGCAGCAGGUGUAUCAGACCUUUCGGUACUUCUAGCCACCUCUGUUUUGCUCAACAGCAUUUAUCCAGUGCUCUCAGGGGUGGCAGUAGGAGCUGGUUUGCAAAGCUCAGUUGCAGUUAUUAACCUUUGCUGCUAUUACUUGAUUGGAGUUCCUGUUGGAGCUGUUCUUGGAUAUGUGGCUCAAUUGCAAGUUAAGGGGAUAUGGAUUGGUAUGAUUUGUGGAGUGGUAACUCAGACUCUUGCACUGUGCUUCAUGGCCUGGAGAACUGAUUGGGAUUUAGAGGUGAUGAAAGCUAAGGAGCGCCUUAGACGCUGGUACUUAAAAUCAUCUGACGGGUCGAAUCAAAGUUCUGACCUUGCCUAA